AUGAUGCACAACGUGGCCAACUACGAUCCAUAUUUUGUUCAAGGAAGAGAUGCGACUGGGAGAGUCGGCCUAUCUACUGAACAAAAGCUUACAUGCGCCAUGAGACAACUCGCAUAUGGGGUCACAGCCGACUUCUUUGAUGAUUACAUGGAUAUUGCAGAAUCCACUGCCAUCGAGAUUUUGGAACACUUCACCAGAGCAAUAUGGAAUGUGUACCAUGAGCAUUAUCUCUGCCGACCAACACCGGCUGAUCUGCGACGACUUCUCGACAAGGCAGCAGAAAGAGGAUUUCCAGGAAUGAUCGGGAGCCUCGAUUGUAUGCACUGGCAGUGGAAAAAUUGUCCCACCGGAUGGGGAGGCCAGUAUACUGGCUAUAAGGGGAAACCAACAAUCAUCUUGGAGGCAGUGGCAUCCUACGAUACUUGGAUUUGGCACGCCUUCUUCGGCCUUCUAGGUUCCCUAAACGAUAUUAAUGUCCUUGGACAGUCACCUUUGUUUAAUGAUGUGGCUCGAGUUGGCUCCGCUUCAUUAGCAUGUGCUUCAUCUUCUUCCAAGUUGAUAGGAGUCGGAAUACUCGAGUUCAUAGCUUCGGUGAAAGGCGUUUCCCCAAACUUGACAGUAUUUUUCAAGUAUCGCCAACAAUGA